UCUCAUGUGAAAUGGAACAACUUGGCGUUGACAGGCCCGUUGAAGUAAUACAUUUCAAUUCCAUUAAACCAAAUACUUUACCACAUGAUAAAAAAUAUCAUAUUUUUCUAUCAUACAAAACUGUAGACCCAGACCGUCGAGUCGCGAUACAGAUAGAUAAAUUGUUACGAGGAAAGGGAUAUGAAUGUUGCCUCCAUGAAAGAGAUUUCCUUGGUGGAAAUGCCAUAGUAGACAAUAUUGAAAAAAAUAUUGAAAGUUCUAUAAAAGUAGUAUUCUUGUUAUCAGAAAACUCUUCGGCAAGUGAAUGGUGCCAAUACGAGCUCACUAUGACGGAGACAUUUCAUAUUCAGAACAAAGGAUAUAAGCCAAUCAUAUUAAAGCUUGAUCAAUGCAAGUUGCCAGAUUCGAUAAAAAGAUAUACAUACAUUUUAGCAAACAGACCUACAGAAGAAUGGAUUGGCAGACUAGCGCUGGCAAUUAAUGAUGAAACGGAUCACCUAAUUACUAACAGAAGGAAGAUUAAGUUCGUUCCAGUUCCAUGUAUGAAUUACAAUCGUGAUAAAGAACACCAACUUUCAACAUGUCGAUAUCCACACAUCUGUGCUAAGUACAUAAUCGAUGAUGAAAAAUGUACCGGAAGUUGUGGCAAAAAUCAUAACUUGGUAAACAAUCAGUCCAGAGAAAUCCUGGUUGACGUUGGAUUCAUUACUGACGGCAAUUAUGAUUCGCUAUUGGAAACCUAUAGGCAAAAAUGUAAAGGAAAGCUGGCUGAUAUGGCAAAAAAUGGAGUGACAGGUCCCUGCUGUUAUUAUAAUUACAAGGGAUGUUUGCUUGGUGAUUUUCACUGUCCAUUUACUCACAUAUGUAAAGAUUGGUUUAUUGGUACAUGUGUAAAGCUGAACUGUGCUCUUUCGCAUGACAUUUUGAAUGGUCACACAACACGUUUGCUUAAAAUAUUUGACAUUGAUACUACAAAUGACAAGGCGGCCAUUUUAAACGAAUAUCGUGCUAAGUAUCCACAUAAAACAUUUAUUACGAUGAAAGAGUCAGUAUCCACAAGAACAUUUCCGAGAGAAAACUUGUUGUAUGUUGUAGUUAUUGUUUUAAUAAUUGUCUUUUUUGUAAAGACAUACGGACUCUAUAUUUAGUUUAAAUGAUUCAACAUU